CUCAGUUGGUGUGCGCAAGCGGCAAUAGGAAAGACAAAGAACUGAAAUAAGGAAGAAAUGGACUUCUAGCAACUCCUAACCUUCUGGUUGGAGGGGCAUAUGUGUUCACGGUGGUCUUGGAUGUUUAUGCAGCAAAAAUUCAUUUAAUAAGACGUUUGAAACCAUCAGUCGAAGUGUUGCACCUUCAUCAACCAGCGAGAAAACGUUGGGAGCAGCUACAUUGUGAGUAUAUGUUAUUAUUACUAUUAUUUGAUGUGUUUAUUUUGGAGUUAGGAAAAAGCCCUACCAGCUGCCACUGCCUACUAUAGAAAAUACCCUUUCAAAGAGCGCAGAUGAAGCUGGUGAGGUUUGUCAGAAAAGCUACAGCAAGUUUAUACAAGUUGGGUAUAAACAUUUUUCUGUCCUUCCAAAUAUUCCAAGGGAUUCGCCAAUGUUACCCUAUGGUAGUAUGUUUGCAUGUUGUUCUAUCUUUGCACCCUAAAAUCUGUGACCUGAGGUUGGUCCAAUUUUCUGCCUGUCUCCAUGGGAAGCACGGCUCUAUACCUCAACCAGAUGUAUUUUUGUUGCAUCAAAGAAAAUGUGGUGAGAAAAGGUGUUUUUGUCAAACAUCCUGUAUAUAACCCACAUCUCUGUGCAUCUGUGGGAGUGCGCACAUGCAUGUCCUUAACCUAAAUGUUAUUGGUCGGUUUACUUUUCUUUUUGUUUCAGGAACUGAAGAGCUGACGGGUCACUCGGUUGACCGACCAUGACAUCUGCCAGGCUCUUCCUAAGUGUCGAGCUAAAGCUGCUGCAGGGUUAAACUGUUAAAGCUAGUCAAAACUUUGCCAAAAAGAGUAGAAAUUAAGCAAACAUUGUUACUUCACCUCAUCCUCCUCUGGAUGUCUCAGGCACACCACCUGAAUCUGGGAAUCUCUAUUCUCUACCUCCUGUUUAUCACGUGGGUAGGCUUUCCUUACCUAUCUUUAUCUGUUAGUGUAAAUUGUUUAUUUUUUAAAAGUAGGCCAUUCAAGUGUGUGUGAGCGUGUUAUGUUAUACGCAUUGGGCCUUGUAUGGUGUCGCAUGUAUUUUUAUUUGUGUGGGUGAGGUUUGUGCUGGUUUUGUGCCACAUGAUGCAUGUUGGACAUGUGGUUGUGCUCAUGUGGGUGAGGUUUUGGACUUGUUACUCCCAUUAGAGAUUAAACAGCAGCUUGAAUGAAAUGUGAACAAAUUGAUAUGCAAACUAUUGAGAGUAUUUAGAUUUUACCCGCUUUGACCUCCCGUUUUUCCAGGUACAAAUAUGAUGCACAAAUCCCAUUUCUUUUAGCCAUUUAUCAUUAGCUGCAUGAGGACCUGUGUUUAUCUAGCCAGCAUCCACAGUGAGCAGGGAGGUGAAAGGAUGAAAAACAACUAACCAGUUGUUUGAGAGCCGUUAAGUAUGAUGGAAGAUCUCCAAAGCUUCAGGCCUGUGUCUCCUUCAGAGAUGCUGGAAACCUUGUUAAUAUACACUAACAAAGUCCCCAUGCAAGUGGACGCACACUGUACACAUGGUUAUUAACUUUUUCAAACCAAACGCAUUUUUAAUCAGAUUUGGUGGAGCCAGCAGUGGACCGAAAAUGGAUCAUCUUUCAACAAGAUGGUGAUCCAAAACAUAUCAAAUCACCACGGAAACGGUUAACUAGACACAAAAUCAACCUUCACCGAUGAUCAUCUCAACCAAGAAACCUGAAUCAUAGAAAACGUGAGAUGAAGAAAACAGAGGCAAUAACGACGAAUGCGUGGGUGAAUGAGUGUGAUAUUGUGUGUUUCCGGACGCAGUAAAAGGCUCUUUUUCUUUUUUACAGAAUACAGAAUAAUUUUUACAGAAUACAGAAUUAUUCAUUCUGUAUUCCUUACAUCAAGGCUGCUUUUUAACAUGCUUUAUUUUUUGAGGUAAUAAAUCUUGGUAAAAACAGGUCUAAAUUUAGUUUUGACUUUUAAACUAAAUGCAUAGCAAAUAUACAUUUAAAGCAUUUAGACAUUUUAAUUUCUAAAAUUGCUCAAUGAAGGUCCCAGUAAUAAUUUUCUAAUAACAGAAUAUGCUCAUUCCAAAUGUUUGUAUGACCUUAUACCCCUUGUUGAUCCUUUGUUACACAAAGUCCCCUCUGGUAAAUGUAAUGCAUGAUGAUGCCAGCAUGCAAAAUAUUUUCAGUGACAAGAUGCGCAACCUCUGCCCACAUCAAACUAUAGGGGAAGUGCUGUUUGCUGCAGUGGAGCGGUUUAUAUACAACGAGCUUGUGAAAGAGUUGCAGUAAAACCAAGUGCUGGUCCACAAUGACGCUACUGGCUUACACUAUACUGUUGGUCUGUCUUUCUGCUUAUUCAGAAAGCACUGUUAUUUCCAAAGAGCCAGGUGGAAGCAUCAAUUUGACAUGCUCCUCUGAUGAAUGUCCAGACAAAAUCGACGGAUACAAUUAUCUGUAUCUGUACCAUGAGAAGGACGAGGUCCUGUUCUUUCCUUUCACAUCUCAGAGUGUGGCUGUGCCAAGAGAAAAGUAUAAACGCAGGAUCCAGACACACAGAUCUACCAUGACCUUUACUAUCAGCAACCUGACUGUGAAUGACGAGGGUAUCUACAAAUGUGUCUACAAAAAAUCGGAUAAAGUCUUUGUCAAUUGCGGCAUCUAUGGAGUUUUCAUAACAGAAACAAUGUCAUGUCCCACGAUGCCUCCCACCAAAUGUUCCACCUGCAUUGAGCCAAGGACAACCCUGAUGUUAUUUAUAAUUUUAAUCUGCGUCAUCAGUGUGCUGGCCAUGUGGAUCUUCUUCUUGCUGAUCAUUCCAAGGGUGAAACAAUGGUGCAUAAGGAGAAGAACGGGAGGCGACCAGAAUGUCACCACUGAUAAUGUGUAUGAAAUCAUGAGCGGGAACGCACGAGGCCAAGCUGCUUAGAAAUUCAGUCAUGUUUGCAUUUUACUCACCAUGAUAACAGAAGAGACACUGCCUCACCUGCGCUCCCUGACUGCAAGUCACUGACCUAAAGCAAGUACUACAGUCAUGGACAAAAGUUUUGAGACUGACUAACUUUACUGCCUCAGUUUAUAAUGAUUUCAAUUUCCACCCAGUUGAGGUAACUACAAAAAUGAAUCAGAUAAAAUCGCUAAAUUUUCCUUUGCAUGUUUUUACCUUCCCACAAAAUGACCUGCUAACAUCGUUUUCUUGAUCUUAUCUUCAUCUCUGUUGACAGCUUGAA